ACAUGAUGUAAAUAAUCCCAAGUGGGGCGAGUAUCGGGUGCCCCAUUUUCUUCCAGAACUUCUCCGCACCAAUUCACUCUCAAUUGCAAAACCUCCAUUGAAAUGCUCGUGACUGAGCUCAGAAGAACCAAAGAAGAAGACGAAGAAGGCUUAACAAAUGUCUGCUAUAUUCAGAUACAAAUCAAAGCUCCAUAAUUUCACUUUCAGAGCAUCUCUUUUUUUCCUAUCAUCUUCCAAAUUCCAUUCCUCUACUUCUUCUUCUUCUCUCAAAUCCAAACCAAAACCCGCGCUCUUCUUCAACUCGUUCCAAGGUUCUAGAAUAAGUUUAGGGUUUAAAUUCCAAGGUUCUAGACUAGGGUUAGGGUUUAGGCAUAAAUGGGAAGGAAGCUCCGACAACUAUGAUCAUAUAAAAGCUGAGGUGAACUGCCCGCGUUGUUCGAAGUUGAUGACGGUGCUAUUCUCCAACCGGCCGUUGUCGAUCACCGCCGGCGAGACAGGAAUUUAUCAGGCGGUGAAUUUGUGUCCUCAUUGCCGGACGGCGUUUUACUUUAGGCCGUUUAAGUUGGAGCCUUUGCACGGGAGUUUCAUUGAGAUUGGGAGAGUUAAAGAGAAAGAGAAUGAUGGCGAAAUGGUGGGGAGUUGUGGGAAGAAUGACGGUAAAAUUUGGGAAAAGUUGAGGUCUUACAGUGGGACUAGUGGUGGAGGCGAUGAUGCUGGUGGGCAAAGUAGUUGUGAUACUGAAAUGGAGAACAAUACGACAGCAGAAAAGGAAGAAGGGUGUGGUGAAGGAGGAGGGUGGGGAGGUGCUAAUUUGGGGAUAGAAUUGCCUACACCAAAGGAGAUAUGUAAAGGGCUUGAUCAGUUUGUUGUUGGUCAAGAGAGAGCCAAGAAGGUGCUUUCUGUUGCGGUUUACAACCAUUAUAAACGAAUAUAUCAUUCCUCUUUGUAUAAAAAGUCAGAUUCAGAUUCCAGUAAAGUUAGAGAUGACCUGGAAAUGUUUGAUAAUGAUUCCGUCGAGUUAGAGAAGAGCAAUGUUUUAUUGAUGGGCCCCACUGGCUCAGGGAAGACACUACUUGCAAAGACGCUAGCUCGUCUCAUCAAUGUUCCUUUUGUAAUUGCGGACGCAACAACUUUAACACAGGCUGGUUAUGUUGGCGAGGAUGUGGAAUCUGUAUUGUACAAAUUACUCGAGGCUGCUGACUUCAAUGUUGAAGCAGCUCAGCAAGGGGUUGUCUACAUAGAUGAAGUUGAUAAAAUAACUAAAAAGGCUGAGAGCCUGAACAUCGGCAGAGAUGUAUCUGGGGAGGGAGUCCAACAGGCGCUGCUGAAGAUGCUUGAAGGAACUAUUGUAAGUGUACCUGACAAUCGAGCACGGAAGCAGCCACGUGGCGAUGCUAUUCAGAUUGAUACUAAAGACAUUCUUUUUAUCUGUGGUGGAGCUUUUGUUGGUUUAGAGAAGACAAUUUCAGAAAGACGACAAGAUUCUUCAAUUGGAUUUGGAGCACCUGUGCGAACUAACAUGAGAGCUGGUGGUCUAACUGAUGCUAUAGUCACGUCAUCGCUGUUGGAAUCUGUAGAAAGUAACGAUCUCACAGCAUAUGGACUCAUACCUGAAUUUGUGGGGCGGUUUCCAGUUUUAGUGAGUUUAUCUUCACUGGAUGAGGAUCAGCUUGUUCAGGUUCUCACAGAACCCAAAAAUGCUCUUUGCAAGCAGUACAAGCAGAUGUUCAACUUGAAUAAUGUCAAAUUACAGUUUACCGAGAACGCACUUCGACUUAUUGCCAAGAAAGCCAUAGACAAAAACACCGGUGCACGCGGUUUAAGAUCUAUAUUAGAAAGUAUUCUAACUGAAGCCAUGUUUGAGGUUCCUGGAAGCAAGCCAGGCGAGGACUCUGUAGAGGUUGUCUUGGUUGAUGAAGAGGCUGUCGGAACAGCUGAUAUAUCUGGAUGUGGAGCAAAAGUUCUUCAUCGUAGCAGUGGGCUGGAGCAUGCUUCUCGUCCUACAGGAUCAACAGUGACAAUGGAAAAGAAGGAAGCAACAAAAGAAGACUUGGACUCGGAGUCUGAGGCUCCAUCAAGAGCCUUGAGCUGGUAAUUUCAGGGGUCUGUUUCUUUCAGUUUUCUUUUUCUGUGUCAAUUCUUGUAUAUAAAGUAAUUAAACGUGCAAAGCCUGGUUGGGCUUCCUUGUUUUAAAGAGAAGGCUUUUGUAAACCUAGAUUUUUUUUUGAACUCCCAACUGAGUUUAUAUAAGUUCGGCACAGCCUCUUUCCCUGGAUACCCGGGAAGAUGCUAAAAGUGAUGCAGUUCUGUUGUCUUUCUUGUUAGAGGUUCUGUUUGAAAGCGCGAGAUUGCUUAAUUUUAAUUUGAAACAGUGUUAAGGGGAUGAUAUCUCUUCCCUGUAUUUUGUAUAUCGGAUGAACUAGAGUUUCAAGUAUCUUGUGAUGGUGAGGUGAGUUUUGCUUUGUUA